AUGGAGCAGAAACGUUUGACAACGCAAAGGAAACGGUCUGCCUGCGGGCAAUUGAGAACUUUGGCCCUGGAGUUGGGCGUUGAAGAAGGCAAUGCUCAUCUUGACAUGACAAUUCAGCAGUUUGAUUCCUUGGCAAAUGAUUUGGAAAUGCGCUGCACCACACCACAGCAGCAUGGGAAGUUGCGGCAAGUUGUGGCUCACUUUCACAAUCGCCCUGCAAGUGCCCCCCUUACCUGGCUCAGCACCGGCGACUGCUCCACGCGAACCAGAAGACAGAGAAGCGGCAGCGGCUGGACGGCAGUUCCGGCUGCGGUCCCAAGGCUGUUUGUUCACUUACAAUUCAAGCCACUUUGGGGAGCACAUGUGGGCAGACUUCCUAGCUUGGAUUGGAACAUUGGAGUUUCUGAGGCGCUGGAGUGCGACAAUGGAGCAGCGGUAGAUUGGACAUCUUUGCGGUGUGUCGUCUUUGUGGGUGUGAGGCCGGACGCGGCUCCUUGUACUGCCCGUGGCCCUCGUCUUCGCCAAGCUUUGGACCACGGCCACUUUUAUGUCUAUGCCAACAAGGUUGGCACGCUGAGAGUGGAGACUUCUGGUUACAUUCCCUGGGAGGAUUAUCCUGUCAAGGGUUGGUGGUUGGACAACCUCUGGACGGAGCACAAGCUUUCGCAUGAUGUCUAUUUGGAAUAUUCGUACAGAGUCCGUAUUGGUUUCAUGGGGAGGCAGCGCCAAAUAGAUUGUGUGCGAGAACAUGAGCGCAAGCUGGCAUUUCAGGCGCAGCAGAGACAAGUUGCGGACGCAUUGGCGCUGCUGAUGCGCCCCUUCCGGCCAGAGGUGCUUAGCAGGCUGCAGCCUUGGGUGAGCCAAUACCAAUCUGUGCAGUUGAGAUACAAGUUCUUGGUUCUCCGUGGAGGCUCUCAGACCGGGAAGUCAACGUUGGCAAAAAGCUUGGGUCACUUGUUUGGGUGGCGCCGGCCAUUUGUUCAGACGGUGCAAAGCGCGGAAGCUCCAGAUUUGAAAGCUUAUAGUCCAGAAGAGCAUGGCUAUAUCCUAUUUGACAACGUGAACCACAUGGAUUUUAUUCUCAAUGAGCGCGCUCUUUUUCAAGCCAACAAUGAUCUGCACACCCUGGGAGCAUCGCGGACAGGUAUUUAUUCAUAUUCGGUGUGGCUCUUUCGUUGCCCUUUGGUAGUCACUGUGGAUUUGUCCGCUGUCUGGGAGGGAUCAGAGCCGUGGCUUGCGGACAACAUGUUUGAGCUGUUUCUCGAUGGCCCAUGCUAUUUGUGA